AUGAACGAGUCGGCAACUGUCCGCAGAAGUACUACGGGAAGUGAGCUAAAGGGGAGACAUUCAUCACAGAGGCAUAAAGUCGACAGUCAUACAGACUUUCGAGUCUCUGGGCUGGAAACCGAUGUGGCUGUGACGGACGGCGGACGACUCGAUAUCAAUGUCUGUAGACAUACCUUCCGACCGCGAGACAUUGUGAGACGAAAAUAUCGCAGGGCGGAGCCUAUACCAACUCAUGACGGUGCUCCGAAAGCAGUACUGGUGGACCCCGAGAGGUUCUCACUACAUCUGAACAUCGUAAUCCAGGCAAUCGGAUCGCGUGGUGACAUCCAGCCGUUUAUUGCGCUUGGCAACGAGCUUCGGCGACACGGCCACAGGGUUAGACUGGCCACUCAUGAAACAUUUCGUGACAGUGUCAGUAAUGCAGGGUUGGAGUUCUUCAAUAUUGGUGGCGAUCCGACAGAACUCAUGGCGUUUAUGGUCAAGAACCCGGGCAUUCGGGACACACUCCGUAGUGGCGUGAUUCAGAGACGUCGCCGAGAGAUGAGGGCCAUAUUCUCUGGAUGCUGGAGAUCAUGUUUUGAGACAGGUGAUGAAAGGGGUCCGUUUGUUGCCGAUGCAAUUAUAGCAAAUCCCCCAAGCUUUGCGCAUCUUAGCUGCGCAGAGAGAAUGGGGGUUCCGCUAAACAUGAUGUUCACGAUGCCUUGGUCUGCGACCCGAUCGUUCGCCCAUCCCCUUGUAAAAGUUCGUGCGCAGAAUGCCGAGCCGUCCAACACAAACCUGGUUUCCUACACGGCCGCCGAGGUGUGGUUGUGGGAAGGGAUUGGUGAUCUCAUAAACCGCCUACGCAAGGAGGAGUUGGGGCUAGACCCAUUAGACUCCGUCAACGCGCCUGGGCUGCUGGAUCGGUUGCAAAUUCCAUACACCUACCUCUGGUCUCCAGAAUUGCUUCCAAAACCUCGAGACUGGUCUGACAAUAUCGAUAUCUGUGGAUUCCAAUUCCUAGCGGGAGCCUCAGACUACACCCCUCCGGAGGAUCUAGUUGCUUUCCUGGAGGAUGACGAUCCCCCAAUUUAUAUUGGAUUUGGCUCCAUAGUUGCUGAAAACCCAUCUAAGUUGACAAAUAUACUAUUCGAUGCCGUUUGUGAAACAGGGCAACGGGCAUUGAUAUCAACCGGCUGGGCUGGACUUGGGAGUGAAGUGCUUGAGAUCCCGCGAAACAUCUUCCUUCUGGAUCAGUGCCCGCAUGACUGGCUUUUUCCGCGUGUUUCCUGCGUUAUACACCAUGGUGGAGCUGGCACCACUGCCACCGGGCUGCUCUUUGGACGCCCAACGAUCAUAGUUCCUUUCUUUGGUGACCAGGCAUUUUGGGGUUCGAUUGUUGCGCGUGCCGGUGCUGGGCCAGACCCGAUCCCGUACGGACAAUUGAGCAGUGAGGGCUUGGCUAACGCGAUCGGAAAAGCGCUGGAUCCUCGAACCAAAUCAGUAUGUGAGGAAAUAGGCCGAGCCAUUUCCCGGGAAGAUAGGGUGAAGAAUGCGGUUCGCAGCUUUUAUAGGCACCUUGAUCCUGCAAAGUUACGUUGCGCAAUAUGUCCGAACCGUCCUGCGGUAUGGUGGGUGCGUGAUUGUGGCUUCCAACUGAGUGCAUUUGCAGCGUCAGUGUUACGAGACGAAGGCCACAUUGGCCCAGGCCGUUUGGAAUUGUAUCGGUCACAAGAAUACGACACCGGUCGUGAUCCAAGAGAGCCUCUCUCUGCAUUGGUGGAUGUAUUCUACGCGCUGGUUAUCGAUAUUAUCAAUCUCAUUGCAGUCACUCCUGUGCAGAUGAUUGAAGGCACUCGACGGAACCCUCCCAAGCAGAAUCACAGCCUGUCGCAACGUGUAAGAAAGUCAACGAAAUCACCAGGGCAAUCUGCUGGUAACGAGAAGACUGGCCGUCUGGCCGAUAUCAAAGCCUUCUGUACGGAAAAGAAUUCCAUGAAACUCAUUCCCAAAGCUGAAAGGCGUGUCACCAGACUUACAAAACACGCGCUAAAUUUUGUCAUUGUUCUUCCUGCUGAUCUGACGCUGAGUCUAACCAAGGGUUACCAUAAUGCGCCUAGAUUGUACCAUGACACUACGGUGCGUGAGCCUCACAGGGUCACCGGCCUCAAGUCUGGGUUUCGAGCGGCGCGAAAGGAAUUCACACAAGGCUUCUAUGAUGGAGUGUCCGGGCUUAUCAGACAACCAGCCGAAGGAUUCCGGUCUUCCGGUAGCAGUGGCUUGAUUAAGGGAAUCGGGAAGGGGUUGGGCGGUGCGGUUUUAAAGCCAGCUGCAGGCGUCAUGGGCUUGCUGGGAUUUCCGUUAGAUGGACUCCAUAAAAGCAUUCGCAAAUCAUUCUCCGAGUGCAAGUCAAAGGAAAUUGUCCUACUGCGCAUACAGCAAGGGGACAAAGAAGCCCGUCAGGCAUCAACGGAGGACCGAGAAAGGGUGAUUCGUACUUGGCAAGAACUCGAGCGGCACUCUCCACGGAACAGAAGGGUUAAAUGGAAAUAG